CCGUCCUCUCCCAGCCAUCGACCACCUCUCUUCAUCACAACAACCAUCGGUGGUGGGGUGAAGCACUCGUCUUGCAUCUCAGUUUUCUACUUCCUUUCGCUGCAAGGGGGAUUUAGUAGGGAAAUACACUUACAUCUUCCCGUUCCCGCCUGACCGCCUUCCUGUUUACACAGGGCACUCUCUCUCUCUUGUUAUUUGCGUUGUGUUGUGGCCAUUGUUUUGGGAUCGAUUUCUAUGGCGCGGUCGCGGUCGGGCCAGGUGGAAGCACCACCUUCCACCCCUUCGUACUCUUCAUCCCUGCCGCUGAUGAAGGAAGGGUCGAAUGGACAUGGGUCGAGCUCCGGUGCUUUUGGUCAAGUUCUCAGGAAAACAACAAGUCCCGUGACUCGGCGAGUGACCAGGAGUCAGAGUCGGGAGCAUCGUCGACCGCUGGUUGAUGAUGAUGAGGACGCGAAUCAUCAUCUGGUUGAUGAUGCGGCUGUCUCGGGCAGAAAGGGGCAUGCGACCGCCCUUGAUGUUGUCGCCGAGGAAUCCCCUCAAAAGUCGUCGCCCCUGAAGCCGAUGGCUUCGCGGCCUGGGAAUGAGAAUCAGGCUAUCCCUGAGACACCAGAAGAUGAGAUCAAUAUUUCCGGGACCACUAUCUUACCCUCGGAGCCGGACUUGGACCUUGAUCCGGGAAAGAUGAUUGAGGUGUUCCCCAAGUUGUGGGAUGCGGCCGAGGACAUGCUGGAGUUCUCGGUGCCCAGCCCUUUCGAAUUGCUCGAGUUUACCAAGUUGCUUCAGAAGCUGAAUGAUUCCCAAAGUUUGGAAAGCUGGCGGCUGGCUCGACAAACCUCCAACCUCCGACAGGAAGCUAAGUACUUCGGAAGUCAGCCGUACAUUGACGUCGAGCUGGUUGAUGACAUUUUCAGAUCAUCGGCAACAGUGGCUGAGAAGCUACAUGAGAUUGAGGGCCAGUGGGAUCCAGCGCCAGCCUUGCAAAAAGCUAAUUGUGCGCGGUUUGUCCUCGAGGUUCUCUUGUGCGAACCCGAAUCAACUUCAUCUGUGAAGCAGGCGAUCCGGAUCCUUGACAGCAUAUUUCCUUUGCCUUUCACAACCAGGCUCGUACCAGCGGGCCAGAAAAGAUCUGCGGGCGAUAGUUCGUUGGAAAAGGAGACUUUUGAUCUCGCUCUAGAACUGCGUACCCAGUACACGAUCAUGCAGCUGGAGGAGAAGUCUCAGCACGAUCCGGAUUUUGAGCCUUCCAGAGUGCUGGAAGAGGGCUUUUGCAUUGAGCUGGCGAACGAAGAGGGAUUAGUUCUCCGAGGCUUCGAAACUGAGGCGCUGAGGGGUCCUAACGGAGAAAUCCCACCAGGGCUCGAAGCUGAGGUGGCGUAUCGCUACCAGGAAAUGGAGGCUCUUUGCCUGGUGGAAGACACCAUCGACAUUGAGGGGCUCAAAAAAAAUUACGGAUGGCGGAAGUUCGUCCUACGCGCUGCCCAAUGGGUCUGUAAACGGACCGACGAGAUCAAUGCCGAUAUGCGACGACCGUUACAAACUUAUAAGGAUGUCAAAAAGGCGUUCUUUGCCAGACCUAAGACGCGCUAUAGUCUGGGCAGCACGUUUUCUUCGACCCCUAGGACGCGAAAUUCAGUAACGCCGUCAACCGCCCGGCAUCCGACGCAGUCUAUUCCAGGAACUGCCACGACAUCGGGAUAUGCUGCUGUUACGCCCUCGCUGGCUCGUAACGGCCCGCGGAAUAUCCCUGGCAGUGUGGUCUCGGCGCGAAGUUCUCGGUAUAGUGCCACUCCUUCCAGCCUCCGGAAUGAGUACCAUACCAUACCCGAAACUCAACCGGUGGGAAGAAAUUCUCAUUGGGGGUCUGGGGAGUCUGCAAGUCCCGAGGCCCGCAGAUCGAUGCAGUUAGAAUCUCCUGUUAGACCGUCUGCAAGAUCCCUGCAGAGGACUACUAGAUCUCCUGCCGAGCACGAUCUAAGUCGGACCCUCGUAAGCCCAGAGGCUCAGAGACAAAUGCAGCCGGAGUCACCUACACCACUAUCUGGAAGUAUGCAGCAGGCUGAAGAAGUGAAUGGCUCUGAUACGCCGCGCAUCGAACAGCAAGCCAGAGGGUCGGAAAGAGCUACCUCAAAAUCUGCCGAGCCUGCUAGGUCUCCAGCACGCGCAGAGCCCGUGCCUGCCGUUACUAGACCGGAGAAAAGUGCCAGUAAUACUGUCGAAACAACCCGGGCUAGCAACAAGAUUCCGCCAAACGUUUUCAAGAAGCCUCCUCCUGUAGACCGAGAAGGGAGGAAGUCCCUCAAAGCCAAGCCAACGUUCCUAAAUCAAACCGCCGUGGAUCGAUUGCAGCAACGACAACAGCAGCUCAGCGCUGGCACCGAAAUUCCCGGAGUCUCCCGACAGACGGAGCCUCUUCCAUCAAACGACCGUUCCGAAAGGCAGCAGUUCACCUCAGACACAAGUCCUGAAAAUCGCCAGGUAGAGCGCCCGAGGGCAAACACACAGAAACCGGCCCCCGAGGGACCGUCCGAAAUCCCAGCAUCGCCCGAUAUGACGUCGACAUUUAUUCAAGACGAGGUCGAAAUCGAGGUGACUAAUGGCCAACUAGACAUUGGUGAUCCUGGGGAGUCUCAGUUGGAGAGAUCCCAUAGUCCUUCGUUUGUUCGCAAUUCCCGCCCAUCGUCCCUUCGAGAGGAGGCAUUGCAGCAAUCCAGGCACGGUUUAGCAAAAGACACGAACAACGAUGUCAGUCAGGUAUCAAACGUGUCUCACGAGGGACCCCCACGGUCUACGGCUGCGCCUCGAGACUCACGUGCUCUGUUCAUUGACCGGCAGACUAAUGCCGCACGCGUGUCCCCCAUCAGUCAGGGACUGGAUCCUCGAAGCGUCGAGCGUCGGCGCAACGAGACAUCGCGCAAGCGUGGGCGUGAAGCCGAUGAGGUUCCUGAAAGCGAUGAUGAGUUCGAGCACGACGACCGCGAGGUAUCAGUAGAGCGGCAACGGGCCAGAAAGCCGAUCCAGCCACGCAGUAAGCGCGCUCGACUGGAAAGUCAAACGGAAAAUGCGACGGAGAGCUCGGGCAAUCACGCUCAAGAUAGACACGCUACUCCACUUAGAAGGUCGACUCGACCCGCUCAAACGGUCUCGCCAAAUUCACCAUCCGCCUCGGCCCCUUCCACUCAAAAAAACAAACCAGACAGGCGGCCUACGAUACGCUGGGAGCCUGGGCAAUCAGAGCGACUAGAGAGGCUUAUUAACCAGCAUGGACGCACCUGUUUCAGGGGCACCAUGUUUCACUGGGAAAAAAUCAGAGAACAUGACAGGAUCGAGCCGAAGCAGCCAGGUGAAAAAAGGUUCACUAACAAAAGUACGGGGCAGGUCAAAGACAGAGCACGGAAUAUAAAGACUUCCUACAUAAAGAAUGACAAACCACUUUCCCCUGCCUGGAACGGCGUCACCGUCAGUGCAUCAGUUUAUGAUCAAAUAAAGCAGCGGUAGGACUUUGGCUUAAAUAACAUUAAGCCGUUGAGAUGCUGUAGCCUUUGGUCUAGCCUAGGCAGUCGUCUGGCAGUGUGAAUUAUGUUUUACGAUGAAUCUCUUCUACCGUUUCGGUGUCUCUUAUCUUUUCGGGUCUGGUUACUGUGGUGAGCGAAUCAGCAGGGUUCGUCAAAGUUGUAAUACGACUAGCCUUUUGGGCAUUGGAGACUAUGUCGUUCUAAUCUUCUACUGGCCUUGUAUGGCAGCGCGC